UGUGUGUGUGUGUGUGUGUGUCGCUUUAAGAGUCAGUCUUCGGGUGGCUUCUUGAUAUUAAUAGAGCUGCUGUGUCUUCCUCCUCCUCUGACGUAAUGCCCACAGCAGCGUACAGAGAGAGAGAGAGAGAGAGAGAGGUCCUGUCACAGCAAAGCGAUAACACUAGUCUGAACAAAAAAAAAAUAAAUAAAUAAAUAAGAAGAUAGCGAGCUGCUCAGUUUGGGUUUGGCUGUGACCAGCACAAAAAAAAAUCCGGUCAGCUUCUGGGUUUGCGCUAAAUAACAAUAACAUCGGGAGAAUAUUGCAAUAAUAUUUACCCAGAGAGCAAAUCUCACUAACCAGUCGGUGUAGUUUAACAGUGUUGCCGCUUAACUAUCUCUCUUUCCCUCUCAGACCAGCCAAGACACUGUCACCCCGUCCGACACCAUCAACAAACAAAAAAAAAAACCCCACAAAGAGACGAGCCAGCCAGCCACAGCCAGCCAGCCACCAUCUUAACAAGGCUGCUGAAAGAGAGAGACACACACUGAGAGAGAAAGAAAAAGAGGGCUUUAUUUUUUGAUCAACAGGUUGUUAAGGUGAUGGUGGACUCUGACAAGCGUGACUGAGGACCUAAACCAGAGCUCAAAAUUAAUAAAAAAAAAAAAAAAAAAAAGGCCGGACGGCAAGAAGUGCAGCCUGCAUCAUACUUCUUACACGGAUCUACAACACACUUGAUCAAACUCAAAGCUGUAUUGCCCAGCUGUUGUGCAUAAAAGGAGCAACAGCCCCGGACCAAAGGUCGCAGAUGCUUCGUGGAGUUUAAGACCUUCUGAAAUAAAAGUCAGAGUUUUUGCUCUGAUGUUCACGGACCUGUGUGGAGUUACGCCGACCUGAUAAAGACAUGGAGGGAUAUUAGUUUGGGCCUGACGCCUGGUUCCUGCUUCCCAUUAUCGAGUGGAGUACAGAGGGCCAGUAGCCGACCUGUUGGCUGCUGCUGGACGGACCGGCGCGGCGAGGGGUCCAAUCGAGCCGCUUCCACAGAGCCGAUGCCAAGAUCAGGAGUCAGCCGUGAUGUUUUUAUAACCUGAUGACCAGCAGAGAGAUGGUGAGGAAGAAGAAUCCCCCUAUCCGGAGUGUGGGAGGUGAGGAGGAGGAGGAGGAAGAAGAGGGGAGGAGGCCGGCAGGAGAAGAAGAAGAGGAGGGAGAGGAGGAGGGUAGAGUGGGAGCAGAGGCCGAACGAAUAAACCGACCCUCUGAACCGGAGUCCUCCGAACGGGUCAGAGGAGACGAGGAGCAGGAAGAGGAGGAGGGAGAGAGCGAGUGUGUGUCCUCGUCCGUCUCCCCCUCAUCUGUCGGCGAGCGCUACAGCAACGAGGAGAGAGGGGGGAGGAGAGGAGGAGGAGGGAGGGCCAAGCGUGGAGGAGCGGCGUUAACUGACAGACCCGAGAGCCAGUCGGAGCCCGAGGAUGGCGAGAAGGGGGUAGAGGAAGGAGAGAGGAGGGAGGCCGAUCAUCUCAGCGCUCCUCUCCUCUCCGCUCCGCACCUCCUCCUCCCCAGACAGGAAGGAGGGGAGGAGUCGACAACCGACACCCCUCCGCUUUCCUCCAGCCCCUCUCCUAAACUCCAGGACUUCAAGUGCAACGUGUGUGGCUACGGUUACUAUGGCAACGACCCCGCCGACCUGGUGAAGCACUUUAGGAAGUAUCACCUGGGCCUUCACAACCGCACACGGCAGGAUGCUGCCCUCGACACACACAUCCUGGCCCUCCACAACAUGGCUCCCCAACACACACCUCUAGAUAUACAGGCAGGACAGGGGCAGAGGAACCAAGCCAAAGAGUCGGGGAAGACGAGACCAGAUAUGCACAUUCAACAGCACAGGACAGUUAUGAUGAAUGGCACAUAUGACGUACAGGUGACGCUGGGUGGCACGCUAAUCGGGAUCGGCCGGAAGACCUCUGACUGCCAGGGAAACACAAAGUACUUCCGCUGCAAAUUCUGCAACUUCACCUACAUGGGCAGUAACUCCUUAGAACUUGAACAACACUUCAUGUCCUCGCAUCCAAAUAAAGUCAAAACCCCGCCCACCACGCCCCUGCUGGCCACCAACAACCAGGCGACGCAUGACAACCAGGGGAAGGCGGGGAGUCAAGUCUUAGACGGGGCGGAGCGGGUCGCGGUGAGAGCGGAGGACGACUCCCUGGUCGGCUACUGCAUCCCGGUCAGGGCGUGUUCGGAUUCGUUGAGCUGGGGGACGGGGGAGCCGGCUCGAGACGCCAUGCAGACGUAUUACUGGUGUAAAUUCUGUAGCUGGAGCUGCGAGUGGUCGGGGGGCUCGGCGAAGCUUUUGGAGCACUACGAACAAAGACACAGAAUGAGCACCAUGAGCCCCGGCAACUCUAAUCCUGGGGGGGUGGACAGAGAGAGGGAGAGAGGAGGGAGGAGAGAAGGAGGAGAGAGAGGCCACAUGUCAUCCAAAAGCCGCAAAGAUCUAUCAUCCAACCCAUCCAGCACCAGCCAAGGAGACCCCAACAGCAGUGAUUCAGAAGCAGUCGUGACCAGCUACAACUGUCAGUUGUGCGACUUCCGCUACUCCAUGGCCCACAGCGCGGAUGUGAUCGUGGUAGCGCCGUUGCUCCUGCACUACCAGCACAACCACUCCAUCCACCGCUGCUGCAUCCAGCACUGCAUGUACUGUCCACAGGGGCUCUGUCAGCCGCAUAAACACCUGGGGGAGGUGUCUCACCCCUUUGCUUGUCGGAAGCCCAACUGCCCUAAAUGCUGUUCCAAGUUCCCUUCGUCCACCAAGCAGCAGGACGCCGUCGGAUUGAAGCCUGCUACCGCCACCUCGCCCAGCAUGACCCCUCCUAAUCCUAGAGGCGACCCCGCUAUGAUUUCCCCCGCCCAUCCUGUUGUCACACAAGGCGUCACCCACUUGUGUGACCAGUGUGCGUUCGCCACCACCGACAUCGACGUGUUGCUUCAGCACUAUGAAAGCUGCCACACCCUGAUUAACCUAAAGGGGGCGUCGCCACACGUCAAGGCUGAGGAAGAGGCUGGGGGAGACAAGGAAGGGGGGAGAGGAGGAGGAGGAGGAGGAGAGAGGGAGUACUCUUGUACAAAGUGUCACUUCAUCACGGAAGUGGAGGAAGAGAUUUUUAGACACUACAGGCGUGUCCACGCGUGUUGCCGCUGUCGACGCUGUGACUUCACGGCUCCCGAUUCGUCGGCCCUCCUCGACCAUUUUAACUCGGCCCACUGCCAAGACUCCUCCCCCUUAGGCUCACUCACGACGACCUCCUUGCCCACCUCGCUGACGCCUUCGUUAACGCUCUCAGCCAAUGGCUGCUCAGCACCCUCCACCUUAGCCAUUAAAGAAGAAAGCAAGGGGGAUCUUCGCCUCCUCUACUCCCUCGCACCACCCGAGGGACGGCUGGCGGAAGGAGGCAGAGAGGAGGCAGGAGGGGUUGUGAAAAGUGAAGGAGGUGAGGAGAAAGAGAGAGAGCGGGAGAAGGGCUGGGUUCUCGGGGAGACGAGAGGACUGGGAGAAAGAGGAGGCGAGCAGGCCCACGGUUUACUCUGGGUGCCCAAGGAGCGAAUGGGACCCGACAGAGGAGCAGAAAGAGGAGCAGGAGGUGGGAGUCCCUCUCUUUUCUCCUCCCCUCUCUCGUUGUCAUUUGUUUCAGCCAAUCACGAGGCCUCGCAGCAGAAAAGAGGCGUGACCUCGCCUAGCAUGGUUUACCUGGGAGACACCAAGUCGUUUUUGGGAGAUACCAAGUCGUUUUUGGGAGACGCCCGGCUGUACGGAGGAGGGAGGCCAGGAGGAGCCGCUGCAGGUGGAGGUGGAGGGGAGAAACAGAGCCGGAUGCCUCAGCAGUACACAGGAGGAGGAGGAGGAGGAGGAGGAGGAGGAGGAGGAGGAGGGAGCGGAGGAGGACAGGAGAAAGGAGGAGCCGCUAAAGAGGAGUCCCAAUCCCUUCUACGGCGGCGAAGAGGCAGCGGGGUCUUCUGCGCAAACUGUCUGACCACCAAGACAUCGUUGUGGAGGAAGAACUCUAACGGAGGCUACGUCUGCAACGCGUGUGGUUUAUACCAAAAACUGCAUUCGACACCCAGACCUCUGAACAUCAUAAAGCAGAACAACGGUGAACAAAUCAUCCGCCGCCGGACCCGAAAACGCAUCAACCCCGAUUCGCUGUCGUCCGAGACCCCCGCCCCCAAACAGCAACGCAUCACCAGCGAGGAGCGCGUGAACGGGGAGGAGUCGGACCGAAGUUUCGCCUCGAUCAAAAACCAGCAGCCUUCCCCUCGCUCACGAUCGCCCCGGUCCACUCAAGCCUUCCUCGCCAAUCAAACGUUGGAGAUCCACCGACGCAUGCCUCCCCUGCUCCUUCCCUCGCACGCCCCCUCCUCGCUGGUAGCCGAGGGCAACGGGGGCCUCGCCGAGGGAGGGAUGAUAUCUAAAGUCGAGGGAGGUAAAGGAGGAGGGGGGUCAGAGAGAGGCAGUCCCAUUGAAAAGUACAUGCGUCCGUCCAAACCGUCUAGUUAUUCGCCUCCUGGGUCGCCCAUUGAAAAGUAUCAGUACCCUCUUUUCUCCUUACCUCUACCGUUAACCCUCUCACCUGAUUUGACCCCCGAGUCGGAUUGGCUCAGAUUCUGGACCAAGUAUAAGAUGGCAGCCGCCUCUGGGGUUCCUGGUAGCAUCAGUAAUCUCAGCAGCCCCGGCGGCCUCGCAAAUAACGCUCUUUAUCUCGGUGCAAUGGUGGCUCAAGGACAGCAUCAUCAGCAAAGCUACACGGUGCCUUACUGCGCCUCUCCCUACUCUCCUCUCCCCCCUCCUCCGGCUCCUCCUCACUACCCUCCUCCUCCUCUUCACUCCCAAACCUCGUCGCCGUCGUUAGAGAACGACGCUCCUUUGGAUCUUGCAAUAAGACAAAGAGAUACAAGCCCUGCGAACGCACACAUGUCAACAAACGGUGCGGAGAGGAGGAGGCAAGAGUCGCCGCUGGCUGAGAGGUUGAGAGAGAACUGGAAAGGAGAGAAAGAGGAGGAGGAGGAGGAGAGGAUAGAUGAAGGAGGGAACCAGAGGGAGGAGACGGGAAAGGAAGAUCAUUUGGCAAAAAGUCGGCCGUCAAUGGUGGAAGCGUCCACGCAGGACGACCUGACCAACCGCUGCCUCCACUGCGGGAUCUACUUCCUAGACGAGGUCAUGUAUGCCCUGCACAUGAGUUGCCACGGCGACCAGGGGCCGCACCAAUGCAGUUUUUGCCUCCACGUGUGCGCCGAUCGCUACGACUUCACCACGCACAUACAGCGGGGCUUACACAGGUACACAGACAAAAAGAGGGCUCAAACGCAAGACGGCCUAACUCAGAACGCCACAGAGACGUCGGAGAGUGAAAACGUGACGCCGGGGGAAAACGACGAAGGCGAUCAUAGCGAGAUCGCGGAUGAAAGCAACGAUGUCAUAGGAGUUUGUCAUGAAGCGAAGGAAACUACAGGCGACGAUGCCACUGACAAUGAAACAGAAGGUGAAAAGGAGGUAGCAGAAGAGGAUCAUGACAUAACGAACAUGGAACUGGGAGAUGAGACGGUGUCGGAUAGUAACGACGACAUCGCAAAAACCACAGAGGUCACGACUGUUGCUGAAUCUAAAAACUUAGACGAGAACGCGGAGAGUAAUUAAUCUGAUGCCUUUGACUCACACAAACCUUUAAGAACGCGUUUUAUUGAAUGAAUAAGCUGUCCGCCUCCACGUUCCUGGAGGCUCGCUCAUGUCAACAUGGGCCUAUCCUGGGCACUAAAUGGAACACAUCCUUAUGCUGGAAGCACGCGGCUGUCAAAAUGGUCAAAAAAAUCAUUGUAGGAUCCCGCUGAACUGCUGCAGGAGAAACAGCCUGAAUCCCGUGUUGAGUGACGGUCACGUGUUUCAACAACGGGGUUCCGGGCAUGCAGCUGAAAUCACCUUUUAAUAAACAGCCACUUCAUGUGCUUUCCAAAUAAGAGGAUUGGGAAGCUCGAGUGAAAGUUGGACUGGUCUCAUUUAGGAUGAGUUUGAGGAGCUCAGCACUUGCACAGCCAUCAUACAGCAGAGCAAAAAAAAAAAAGAAAUGCUUGAAGCAAAACACUUUAACUGAGCUGAUCUGUUAUGCACCGUGCUAAACUGAACCCCGAGCUGGUCCAAACUAGUCUGAUGCAUCAUUCAGAGCAUUUUAUCUCGGUACAACCAGAUGUGAUCUGGUUACAGCUACUUUGUUCUUGCCCAGAGCGAGUUUUUGACUGUUUCACCGCUGUGCAAAAUGGAACCAAAACUUAUUUUGAAGCUGGUGGAGUUAAACCAGUUUGUUCUGGGCUGCGGGUGUUACCUUGGUACAAAAAGGAUCAGUUGGUUUCUUUCACUCGUGCCCUGUCGUUUCGGAAACUGGCCACCGCUGCAAAGUGGCCCCAGACUUGUGUUGGGGUUGUGAUUUUUUUUGAACUGCUUGAAACCAGUUUGAACUGGUAAAACCGGAGUAAUUCUGGACCGAAGUGUUCUCUGCAUCCAUUUGGAUCAAACCAAGUGACAUUAUUUUCUACCUUCCUCCGUGCCAUGAUACUAGCUACGUGCCUGGCUGCCUGCCUAAUAGAACAUCUAUUAACCUGCUUAACAUUUAUAUUAAUGAUAAUAAUGGUAAUAAUAAUAAUGUUAUAGUACAAAAACAUGCAAUUUGCUACACUUUUCCUAUAUGAUAUGUUAUUUUGUAAAGGCAAAUAAUGCUUUUUUUUUUUUUUUCGCAGGAAAUGGUACUAUACAAAUUAGUCUAUUUGAGUUGUUUCUUUUUGAGCUACUUGUUGUUUGUGUUCUUAUGGAGACUUGUUACAUUGAUAACAGCCGUCUAACAGAAAUGGUACAGCGAAAAUAGGGGGAGGGGGGGUGGGAGAGGGUGGUUGUGUGUACAUUUGUGUAAUUGCGUUUUUUGUGUGUAAGGAAUGCGUCCGUCCCCAAACGACGAUGUAAACAUAAUGAAGGCUCGCGCUCGGUAUUUCAGUCCUCAGGGGUCACAAGUGUUGCACACCAACCCGCCUGUUUCAUAGCAUGCGACACAUCAUUUUUACAUGAUAAAGGGUCUAAUGGUUUAAAGCAUGUUACACGACGUUCUCUUAAGUUCUCUUAUAUAUGUUCUUUAUGUGUUUAUAGGUCAAAAUGGUCUUAGUAUGUAACCGUUUUUUUUUCUGUUUUGUCUUUCACAUGUUGUUAGGUUUUAUAGAGAGACUUAGGAACUUUAUCAUAAGGAUCAAUUAUUUGGGUUAACUGUAUAAACGUUUGCUCUGUAUUGAGUUUACAGAGCUUCUUGCCUACAGUGUUUUAUUCAGCCUAUCUCGUAUUUCUGAGAGUUCGGUCGGUAGGUUACCUCUAUGUAGCAUGUUAGCGUCUUAUAAAAUCUGCAAAAUCCGUUGCCUUUUCUAUGGAUGGGAACUGUUAGACCUUAAUAAUUCCGAAAAAAACCCCGACAGGAUGACGUUGUUAAGUUUCACUGAAGUAAAAUGAUCAUGUUGCUUUCAACUCCAACUAACUCAUCACACUUUUCCGCAAUUCAUUACCCAUUUUUGGGACUUUUAAGGUAAGAAAAACACCCGCAAGAUACCAUAACUGAGUCUCUCUUUAAACCAAAUUUUCAUCGUUUAUUUCCGACGUUGAGAGAGUCGUGACAGUACCCCUUUUUCUGCGGAGCAACGCGGUGGUCAUCUUGUUUAUUUUUAUAAAGAGAGAAUCACUUCUCCUGCCUUGCUGCCUUAGUUGCUAGAAAACAAAAAAAAAAAAUCACCAAGGGACUCCUUUUGAAGGAAUUAA